CCACACCUUGACACGCACACGAAGGCGUGCACGCAAUGAGCCCCUUCCUGCUCACGCCGGUGGGCGCCCGGCUCGCGCCGGUUGCUCCGCCGUCAACGCUCUCGCGCCUGCUCCUCCCGCUCCACCUACAAACGCGCCGCGCUCACGCCUGCCCCGUCCGCCACUCCCCGAUUCCUCACCGCCGCAGCAGCAGCUACCGCCUCUUCGCCUCCUCGUCGGCCCCUCAGAUGGCCGCGCCUGCCGAUGCCCCCGGAGGAUCCGCGGACGCGUUCGAGAUCAUCCGCGCUCACCAGGCAAAAGCUGCCCGGCUUCCUCCUGUGGAAGAAAUACGAACCAUGCUAGACAAAAGUGUCAGAGGUGUUCUGGCUACCCAUUCCCAGGAACAUGUGGGCUAUCCAUCGGGUUCAAUGGUUGAUUUUGCAUGCGAUCAAGAUGGUUCCCCCAUACUAGCAGUGAGUAGUUUAGCAGUUCACUCAAAGAAUCUCUCGGGAAGUACCAAGUGCUCUCUUCUGGUUGCCAAAGACCCAGAGGACAGAACAGAUACUGUAAUCACUGUAUAUGGCGAUGCUACACCUGUUUCAGAUGAAGAAAAAGACGCAGUGAGAAGUGCAUACUUAAGGAGACACCCUGAGGCUUUUUGGGUUGACUUUGGUGACUUCCGUUUUCUGCACAUCAAACCAAAAGCUGUCCGUUACGUAUCUGGGGUUGCAACAGCUCUCCUUGGCUCCGGAGAAUUUAGUCCUGCUGAGUUCAAGGAAGCAAAAGUGGAUCCUAUAUCACAAUUCUCCGCUCCUAUUACAGGCCACAUGAAUAAGGAUCAUGCCGAUGAUACAAAGCUCAUUGUGCAACACUCGACCAAUGUUAAGGUGGAUUUUGCUCAUAUGCUGGAUGUGGAUAGCCUUGGUAUCAAUGUGAAGGCUGGUUAUGAUGGAAGUGUUCUGAAGCUGCGCAUACCUUUCUCUAGGCGUGCACAAGACAGAAAGGAUGUCAAGACACUUAUUGUGGAAAUGCUACAGGCUGCAAAGGCCUCCUCGUCGCACGUUGAAUGACCUCUUUGUUCCAGAAGGGGAUGGUUUGUCAAUGUAAAGAAAAUCAGCUUUUAAAUUAGGUUGUUGCCCAGUCUCAGCGUCAAUGAAGAUGAAUGGUCCACAGGAAAUUCCAUGGUUCCACACAUCAUUCAGUACCAUUGUGACAGUGAACUUUGUGAAUUAUUUCCGGUAGAACUGAAAGAAAUGCAAAGCAACUUGUAUAUCACACUUGAGCUGUUUUGCUCUCAUAGGUUGUUGAUCAACAAAGGUCAUCUUAUUAAAAAGGUUCCAUAUGUCAAAAUUA